AUGAUUGGGUGUUUAUUUUUGACCACAACAACACUUCUAGGAGGUGAACCAAAAAUAUUGCAUAAGCAAACGUUAAAGCAGGUUAAACUUCAAACUCAAACUGUGUUUGAGUUUGAAGGCUCUCAACUACGAGCUCCAGCCGAGGUCACUUUUCAUAUGAGUUCCGACGAAGAAGAUGAUGUACCUUUGUCAAGUUUGUCAAAAAGAAGACGCGCGAUGGAUUUGACUUUAGAAGAUAGUGACGCCGUACCUUCUUGUACUUCAGAUGUGUCAACUAAUUCUACAUUUGUUCAGCCUACAGUUCCCCGAAACCAAACCUAUAGAUGGAAGAAUCGUCGUAUUCCAAACCAUUUCAAUCAAUGGAAUGACGAACAAGGACAGAGGAAUAAAGUGGGCAAAGUAACUGUUUCUGAAAUGAAGUGUUUCUUGGGCAUCCUUAUGUACAGCGGGUAUGUAGCAGUACCCCGUAGGUUUAUGUAUUGGGAGACAUCGACAGAUGCCGACUUUAGGAUUGUGCACAACGCUAUGUCAAGAGAUCGUUUUACUUUUAUUAUGUCAAAUCUCCACUGCUGUGAUAAUACAGUUCUUGGUGAUUCUCCUGACAAAUUCGCUAAGUUGAGACCUCUGUUUGACGAGUUAAAUAAAAUCUUUACUGAAAUGGCUCCGCUAGAAGAGAACUACAGCAUAGAUGAGGCUAUGGUUCCAUACUAUGGACGUCACAGUUGCAAACAGUUUAUACGUGGUAAACCAAUUCGUUGGGGGUAUAAACUGUGGGUUGGUGCUACAAGAUUAGGCUACGUGAUUUGGUUUGAUCCUUACCAGGGAAAAUCUUCAACCAUUGCAGAAGGUUACAAACAGUUUGGUCUAGGUGGGAGUGUGAUUUUGGAGUUUGCUGAUGUUCUACAAGGUCGUGAUCCAACAUUGCCAUUUCAUUUAUUCUUCGACAAUUAUUUUUCCUCUAUUCCUCUACUGCAUGAACUUAGUAAUAGAGGCCUGAGAGCCACUGGAACUAUUCGUGAAAACAGAACGUCCAAGUGUCCUCUCGAGUCUAACAAAGAUUUCAAAAAUACUGAUAGAGAAUACUUCAAUUUGCAUUUUGGGAGACCCCAAGUUGACAUCUGUUGUGAAAGGCUUAAUAUCAGUAUACAGAAACCAGACCUCAAUGCACUAGCUGCAAAGGUAGAAUUGGCAGUACACAAAAGAAGAGCUAAAAAAAAUUUACGCAAGUAUUUUAGAAGUUCAAGAGCUCAGUAA